UGUAUUGUGCAGUUUGAAGUAAUCUAUCUAACAGUAAUCUAUUCUCAUUCUAUCUUUUCCUCUUCAGUAGAUGUGUUGAUCCUGCUCGUUGCACAAAUUCACCAAAGCUGUGCUCAAAAACACGAUGCAGCUCGUAUUGUUCCGUCCAGACUGCAACUCUUCGAAUACGAGUCCGUCUCUUUUAAAUGUGAGAGUUUGAAUGGCUCGGCUGGAUGGGAGGUGGUGAGGAUAGUUAAUGGAGAAUUCACCACAUGUGCUGACAAGUGGAGGAAGUCUUCAGGGUCCCUGUGUGCCGUUAGACAUGCCUACCAGUCAGACAGUGGGGAGUACUGGUGUCAGACUGGAGGAGGAGGGAGCAGCAACAGGGUCAACAUCUCCGUCACUGCUGGUCCAGUGGUCCUGGAGAGUCCUGCUGUCCCUGUGGUGGAGGGAGACCAGGUGACUCUGAGCUGCAGGACCCAGACCACCUCAUCAAACCGGACUGAUUUCUACAAAGAUGGCCUCCUCUUCAUCAGCAGCUCUACAGGAAACACAACCAUCCACCGUGUUUCUAAAUCUGAUGAAGGACUCUACAAGUGCAGCAUCUCUGAUGGUGGAGAGUCACCUGAGAGCUGGAUUACUGUUAAAGGUGAGAUAUUUGUUUGUUUGUUUGUUUGUUUUUUACCUCAGCAAGACAAAAUUCUGUACACAUUGAAAAUUGUGUUGGGGACACCCCACCAUACCCUUCACAGAGAUAAUUCCUGUCACCUCCACUUCCUCAUGAGGACUGUGUUCACCGCCGUGAUGGUGGCCAUGAUGCUGCUGCUGCUGGGACUGCUGCACUGCUGGACACCGAGAGGCACGUAG